AUGGCUCUCCCUAUUGAACAAGCCAAGCCUUCAAACACAAGCAAGGCCAGGCUUCCUCCAAAGAGAGGCCAGAUCAAAGUUAAGAUAAUAUCCAGUUUUGUCAAGUUGUUGGUUGGAGUAGCUUCAAGAGUUGGGAGAGGGCUGAGCCGCCAUAGAAAGGUGGCAACGCAGGAAGCGCAGGCACCUAUGCAGCCCGAGAAAUAG